AAGAGGUAUGGCCUUGUUGGAUGGAAUCAUAGAGAUGAUAUUAAGGGGGUUGUAGUGUUGUACCGUACUACCGUUGUAUAGAUUUGGUUGAGAGAAAGUGGUGCCUGGUAGCAAAGUUGAGGACGGAGAGUUUUAGGUUUAGUAAUGCUUUUAUAGAAAAAUAAAUAUCCUAACACUUUAAAACAUGCAAAGUUCAAGUUACUAUUGCAGCAAUAGUGUUGUGACGAUAUUGCCCCCGCUUCUCACUCUUUACUACUGGUUUGCCCUUCUGCCAGAUUAUGCCACGUUCUUGCAUCUUACCCUUCCGUUUUCUUGGAUGAGCUCUGACUCUUUCCCCUUUCGUCUUCUACUAUCCUGCAUUCUUGCUUAUCAGCUCUUUCCUCUCUCCUCAUUAUUUUCUCUGUGCACUCUCAGCCAUGGAAGAUGGGAUCAGAAACUUCCGAGUUCUGAAGCUCCUCACUCUCACUUUGUCUUCUUUUUCCCUGUGCUGAGCGCGAUGGGUUGUUCGGUGCUGCUGGUACCGUUGAAAUGGUUGAGGUUAUAUAUGAUAAAUUGACUGGAAGGAGCAGAGAGUUCGGAUUUGUGGCGGUUAAUAUCCUUGAUUGACAAUAUCUUCUAUCACAUACCACUUUUGCUAAUGUCUCUUUUUCUCAGAGCAUAUUCUUUUGUGUCUGUUGGGUGAGUUG